AUGGCGGACUCUCCUCUUAACAACUCCUGGCCAUCCUUCUCCAGACUCUGGAUGAAGAGAUGGUCCUUCAAGAGAGCAUCAGAGAGCAAGCCCUGCAGUCAGCCCUGUGAGCCUCCCAGUGCAAAAGGAUCUUCCUCCUCAUUAUCUCCUGCUUCUGUCACUGAGGAUGUCUCCUUUGGGUGGACCAGUGAUGACCAGGACGCGUGUUCGGUGGUGAGCGACUAUGACUGCCCCUGCAUCGAGGAGAGCAGCAGUGUGGAGGACCUGCAGAGCAUCAGCCCCUCUCUCAGGGACUCUGAGUACUUAAAAGAUCUGCGGGGAGGUACGCCGACCUCGCAGACGACUGCAUCCACAGUGACCGCAGCCCCGGAGAGCGUCGACCUCCAGGAGCCUCUAAACACAAACAGUCCAGCUUUAAACCGACCUGCACACGCUUUCCUGAACACGCACUCCCCACAGUUAAAUGCACCGUUCCCGUCCUGCGAACAGCCUACAGAGGAACUUCCUCACAACCUUGUGGUCACUCAGCUCAGUCCUAAGUUGUUGCCAGGUGGGUUCACUGAUUGCGAGGACGCUCUCUGUGGAGGCUCUGCAGGAGGGCGGAGCUCGCCAAGUAAUUUGAUCGGAUUGUCGGGAUCGAUGGAAACGGCAUCGACAGCGGCGAUGGAGGGAGCAAAGGACCAGUGCUCAAUGGAUUUUGAUGGAGAGCUAGACCUGGACAGCUUUCCUAUUCUAAUCAGAUCCAUGUCUACAUCUCGGAGGCACAGCUGGGGAGUCCCUCUGUCCCCCAUCAACCUGGGGAGGAGACUCAGUCUCGACACCAAGGCCAUAGACAGUGACGGAGAGAGAGAUGAUGAUGAUGAUGAGGAGCGACAGAAUAGUCUUUUCCAGUCCACCUACAGCUGCUCGCCAUGUCCUGAGGAGGACUCCGGCAGUCCUGAUGGCUUCAGCCUGAGGGACCACGGCGAGCCCGGCAGGCAGCUAUACUCCCGCUCAGAGAUCCUUGCUACAGACGAUUGCUCACGUGCUGCACACAUUUCUCGUGUUGUACAGACAUCCAAACAGGCUGCCAGGGCAGCAGGAGCUGAGGAAUUUGACCCGGAAGAAAACCUGCAUUCUACUGAAGGACAGACGCAUAUGGUGAUGGUACAGAAAGUUCUGCAGGAGCUAAAGAAGUACCACGGAGAGAAGCAGAGAAACAGCAGAUCAGACACCAAAGAUUCAGGAAGUGUCACUUGGUACGAGUUCCUCUCUAACGAGAAUGAAGAAGAGGAGGAUCGUAUAGAGAAGGUGGAAAGAGGCACAAAAGUAAAAAGGACUCUGAGCUCUCUCAGGAACAGGAUGACCGGCUCCUUCAAUAAAGAUAAGGGUAAGAACCGCGAAAAAGAGCCUCAGAAAGAGAAGGUGAAGGACAAGGAGCCCAAAGAGAAAAUGUGUGGCAUUCACAGCAAUGGGCAUCAUUUGGUGCCAGGUUCCUUCUCCAGUUGUGCCACGUGCUCGUUGUGCAGCAAGGCGCUGCAGAAAAAGCAUGGCCUGCAGUGCACGAAUUGCGCUGUGAACGUUCACAAGAGCUGCAAGUCUCUGCUGGGGGAGUGCACCAGCAGCAAGAAUAAGAGAGAUACGCUACCGAAGACCGGCUCAUCAGGAUCUCCUAACCUCGCGCUAAAAGACCGGGACAGAGAGUGGGAUCAGCCAGGCCCGGCCGCAUCUCAGGCCCUGGAUGGCCAUCGAGGUUCGUUCAGUGGCCCAGGCAUGACCAUUAGUGCGUUGGGAUCUAGCGCUUCUCAUUUAGGAAUCUUCAUUAUUUAUAAAAUUCUGCACAUGUUGAGGUCUCAUCAUGCAAUAUUCAGAAGUCCUUUUCAAAAUAAUUAUAACCAACAAAGCAGAGCAGCUCUGACGCCUCUGCUGCUCUCCUCAGAUGCUCACUAUGCAGCUGUGCGGGCCGAUCUGGAGUCUGAUGCUCAGGAUUUGGAGGCAGACUCGUGGAGUUUGGCGGUUGAUCAGCAGUAUCUCAAAAAGCACACUAAAGAAACGGCGAAGAGACAAGACGUGAUAUACGAGCUGAUGCAGACAGAGAUGCAUCACGUGAGAACUCUGAAGAUCAUGCUGCGCGUCUACGUCCGGGAGUUGAAGGAGAACCUCCAGAUGGACGCAGGAAGGCUGGACUGUCUGUUUCCCCGCUUGGAAAACCUCCUCGACCUUCACACGAACUUCCUGUCUCGUCUCAAAGAGCGGCGGCGAGAAAGCCUCGUCCCGCCCAGCGACAGGAACUACACCAUCAACAAACUGGCAGACGUCCUGAUCGCACAGUUCUCGGGUGAAAUCGGAGAGAAGAUGAAGGACAGCUACGGAGAUUUCUGCAGCCACCACCCUGAAGCUGUCAGCUACUACAAAGAUCAGCUGCAAAACAACAAGAAGUUCCAAAACAUCAUCCGAGUACGAUACAGAAUCAGCUGCAUCACAUUAAAGAGGCGUUGUCUCCAGAAGCUCAUAGUCAGGGAGGUUGCCCACGAGGAGAAAGCCAUGUUUCUUAUCUGUGCCUCUUCCAACGAGCCGGAGAUGUACGAGAUCCACACGGCCUCGAAGGAGGAGCGAAACUCAUGGAUGACGCAAAUACGACAAGCUGCAGAGAGCUGCCCUCACACCGAGGAAAGGCUGUUCAGUGAGGAAGAAGAGGCGCGAGCUUCCAGGUUUAAAGAAUUUCGAGAGCGGCUGAGCCAGAGGGAUGCAGCGAUCACGCAGGCGCUGACCGAGAAGCUUCAGCUGUUUGCGGACAUGGCCGAGUCUGUGGCAGGGCUGGAAGACGCAGCGUCGCGCUCCAGACUUCUGCUGCGAGGAGACUUCUCAGACCUCCAGCAGGGGGAGGUCCUGCUCAAAGGAGCGAUCACUGAGGUGGAGAACCUUCAGAACCUGCUGCAGUCUGGAGUGAGGGAGGGGCCUCCUGCGCCCCCCAGGUGGGAGGAAGGAAGCGGCUCUGGGGUUCUGCCCAGGCGAGCCGACACCUUUGGGGGCUACGACAGCAGCCCCGCCAUCUUCAGCAAGAAUGGCAGUGUGAAGAAGAACUUUUCUGGCGAGUCCAGAAGCAGAGACAGGAGUCAAAGAGCGAGCUCUGACCCUCAGCUGAAAGACCUCUGUGACAGCCUGGAGCAGUCGGCCAUCGUUUCGCAGCAGGACAGUCAGAUCGAGCUGCAGCGGGCCUCGCUGACGGAGCGCGCCUCCCUGCCCGGCCGCCACAAGGGGAACGUGCUCCUGGAGCAGGAGAAGCAGCGGACUCUGGCCUUGCAGAGAGAGGAGCUGGCCAGCCUCCACAAGCUGCAGUCGCAGCACCGGCAGGAGCAGCAGCGCUGGGAGAAGGAGAGGGAGAGGCACCGGCAGCAGGUGGAGGCUACCGAGGCCAGGCUACGACAAAGAGAGGAGGAGUGCAGGAGGACGGAGGAGCAACUGGCAAAAGAGAAGGAGGAGUUGGACAUGCAGAGGGAGACGUACCAGCAGGACCUGGAGAGACUGAGAGAGUCCACCAGAGCUGUGGAGAAAGAAAAGGAACGCCUGGAACACCAGAAGAAGAUCAAGAGGAAGACCAUUGAGGUGGCUCCCCUUUCUGGAAGUCUAAAUGGAGACCUCCUCAUGUCCUCCGGGUCCACCGACUUGCCUCCGAAGCCGCUGGUGCGCGGCAGCAUGUCCGUGGCACAAGCCGACUACCCGGAGCGUCCCGAGGUGAUAGUGCGACGUGAGACGGGCUCCUCAACUUUGCCGCUAAAGACGGAGGUGCCGCUCCAUCUCUUCAGCACCACCAACCAGCUGCACAAGCCGGUCGGGGUUCAGCAGCAGAUCCCCACCAAGCUGGCAGCGAUCAACAGCAGCAAAGGGAAAGGAAGCAAGAGCGGCAAAGCUUCGCAUCGCACCGACAGCACCGCCUCGCUGGACAUGAAGCAGGUGCUCCCGCUGAAGCUUUCCACCAAAGAGGACAACGCCCACAAGGUCAAGCGCUCCGUCAGCCCCCACCAGCAGGUCCCGAUAUUGGCCCCUCCUCAGUCGCACAGCCAGCAUCACCACGCAGAUCAGCCCACUUCUCUAGACAACGCUGGACCAGACAUGCAGUCUGCCUCCCACCCUCCAAAUGUUCAGAAGCCCCCCAUGCCUCCUGCACAGUCCCAUCCUCAACCCUCCGUGCAGCCUCCCAUCGUACCUCCCCACUCACAGAGCACCGGCGCUCUUCAGUUCCACUCCCCCGCGCAGCCGCAGAGCCUCAAUCCCAGCGCACAGGUUCAAGGGCUCAGCCUGCCGCCGCCCUACAAGUUCACCACAGAGGACCUCAAUAAGGAGGAUGUCAUCUUCUUCUGAACUCACGAUAGAGGAAAAACCAGUCCAGGGAUUGAUUGUCAUCCCCAUUAAACCAUAAAGCCCAUUCUGAAGAGCACCUUCAUGCGAUCAAUGCAGACGCAUUGUUUCAGUAAGGCUGGUGAAGUCUGUUGCAGGGAGGAGGGCUGCAGUGGUUCACACGGAAAGAAAGACGCCGUUUGUUUUUAAUAACCCUCAUCUGGCCCCAAACCGCCAGUAUUAGUGUAAUCGUUUAAUCUUAUUUUAUUUAAGUUUUAGUUUUAUAUCUAAACUUAAUUGGCUGAAUCAUGAAGGAGAGACCUUUGGCAAAACAAAGGCUCCUUCCAGAGUGUGAAAAAAAGGUGUAAAUGAAGUUUUAGAUCCAAAGACACGAGCCGCGAGAGCUGAACAGGAUGUGACUGAAAGGAAGAGAAACUGUUGUUGAAAUCAGGACAGUCGGUGAAGCGAUGGAGAUCUUACGGCACCUGGAACCACGUAAAAGAAACUCUUAACACUGUCUGCUCCAUGUUUCAUUUGCACAGUGUAAAUACUUCAGCCCAGACAAACUGUGUGACUGUACAGCUGUUAAGAUGAUGAAGCUUCCUUUCAUUUUGUUAUUUGUCUUAAUUGUGUUUAUUGAUUACGUCCUUGGUUUUUCGUCUUUUUACGAAACCCGUCUUGUCUAAGCUGCCGCGUCCUGUUACUUCAUUUCAACCCACGGGGAGUUUGGCUAAAACUCGUGCAGAGUGAGACAAACUCAGAGUCUUUGUCACAUACUUUCAACUCUUGGCAUCAUUUCCCCGAACGCUGGGUGUUGAAUAACAACAAAUAAAUGUUUCAUAAAAAUGAGUCGUUCCCAUCUUCAUCGUUUGUUGCUGACUCUGAAACAUAACUAAUACAAACUUAUUAGCAUCAGCUUUAAUUUUAAGGCUAUAAUUUCCCCACACUUAUACUUAUUCAGGAAGCUAAUUGCAGACAUCUGAGUUAGUCGCCACUUUACUGAGUUUGUCUCACCGCAGGAAGCCCCUCCCUGCCCCCCAUCAUCACUUUAUGAGUCACAUCUGUAUGAAACAUGUGUUAGUGGAGCUCGAGUGGGUGUCCUGUACAUUUCAUGCUGGAAGCUAUUUUAAAAGCAAUCUUUAAAAUGCUUUAGUUUUUUUGUCAGUCGCCUGAAUAGAAAAAUAAGACAACAUAUUGGAACGUAAGCGUGUCAGGAGAGAGGAUGUGGGCUCAGAUACUGAAAAGUAUCAAAUGUAUCGUGAAA